UACACGCUGCGACAUCGAGAAAAGGUGCCUAAAAUAUCACAUUAACGCAUAGCCAGUGAACUUCUAGGCCCAUUUUGUGAUAGUGUAGGUGGAAGAGAACCUAUAGAAGCAAGAUGUCCGGGGACACCCUGGAAUUCGACCAAAUCUACCAGGAAAAUAAAGGCGCCAUGUACGAUGGCAGACUUCGGAUCAGUAAGCAGGGAAUCGUCUUCAAGAACAACAAGACGGGAAAGGUUGACAACCUGUCGGGCACUGACCUGAACUUGACACACUGGUUCCGGGUGGCCAGAGGUUACGAGCUGAAGGUGGGCCUCAAGUCUGGAGCCGUCUUCAAAUACGAUGGAUUCAAGGAGUCAGACUUUGACAAACUGUCUGACUUCAUCAACAAGAACUACAAAAUGCGGCUUGAGGAGAAGGAGCUGUCAGUCAAAGGUUGGAACUGGGGUACAGCCAAGUUCAAAGGCCCUUUGCUGUCCUUUGACAUUGACAACAUGUCUGCGUUUGAGAUCCCGCUGGGUAACGUGUCGCACUGCGCCACGUCGAAGAACGAGGUUGCACUGGAGUUCCACCAGAACGAUGAUGCGGACGUGUCGCUCAUGGAGAUGAGAUUUUACGUACCACCCAAUCAGGACAACCCAGAUGUAGAUCCUGUCCAGGCUUUCCAUGAUAAUGUGAUGGACAAGGCAGACAUCAUCCAGGCCACUGGAGAUGCCAUCUGUAUCUUCAAGGAACUCCAGUGUCUUACACCAAGAGGCAGAUAUGAUGUGCGUAUCUACCCCACCUUCCUACAUCUCCAUGGAAAAACAUUUGACUACAAACUGCCGUACACAACAGUCCUGCGUCUCUUCCUUCUUCCGCACAAGGACCAGCGACAAAUGUUCUUUGUGGUUAGCCUGGAUCCACCCAUUAAGCAAGGCCAGACCAGAUACCACUUCCUCAUCCUGCAGUUCAGCAAGGAGGAGGACAUGACCCUGGAGCUCAGCCUGUCAGAGGAGGACUGUGCGGAUAAGUUUGAGGGGAAGCUUCAGAAGGAGAUGUCAGGUCCCGUGUACGAGAUCGUCAGCAGAGUCAUGAAGUCCAUGGUCAACAGGAAGAUCACAGUUCCUGGGAGCUUCAAGGGCAACUCUGGCACCAGUGCUGUCAGUUGUUCUCACAAGGCUGGUGCAGGGUUCCUGUACCCCCUGGAGAGGGGCUUCAUCUACGUGCACAAGCCGCCGAUCCACCUGCGCUUCGACGAGAUCUCGUGCGUGAACUUUGCUCGAGGCGUGGCCAGCAACAGGACGUUUGACUUUGAGAUCGAGACCAAGUCAGGAACCACGUACACGUUCAGCAGUAUCGAAAAGGAGGAGUAUGGUAAACUGUUUGACUUCACCACCAACAAAAAACUCAGAGUCAAGAACAGAGGAAAGAACCUGAAGGACUCAGUGAACUAUGAUGAGGACAUGAUGGGCAGUGAUGAUGAAGGGCAGCACGACGCCUACAUGGAGAGGGUCAAGGCUGAGGCAGCCGAGGGCAUCAGUGACGAUGAUGAGUCUUCUGAUGAUGAAGAGGAGGACGCAGACUUUAACCCAGACGGCAGCGGGAGUGACCUGGCUGAGGAGUACGACAGUAACGCCUCCAUCUCCUCCAGCGAUGAGGAUGAGGAGGAUGAAGAGAAGAAAGAGCGCAGGAAGAAGAAGCUGGAGAAGGCCAAGAGUAAACCUGCCAAGAGAAGGAGAACGUCGGAUGGAGGAAAGAAGCGUAAGAAGAGACAGAAGAAAGACCCUAACGCCCCCAAGAAAGCCAUGACAGCGUUCAUGUUGUGGCUCAAUGCCACCAGGAGUGAACUGCGCAAGGAGAAUCCUGACGCCAGUAUCGGCGAGAUUGGGAAAAUCGCUGGGGAGAAAUGGAGGGAGAUGGGUCCAUCAGACAAAGAGGAAUGGGAGCAAAAGGCCAAGGAAGACAAGGAGCGCUACAAGGCAGCCAUGGAGGAGUACCAGGCCAGGAAGGAGGAGGAGGGGAGCAGUGAGGGGGAGGAGAGCGACCAGGCGGAGAAAAAGACUAAAAAGUCCAAGUCCAGCCGACCCAAGCCCAGUCCCACCAAAAGCCCCAGUAAGGCUGGUGCAGGAGCAAACUACAAGAGUAAGGAGUACAUCACUAGUGACAGCGACAGUGACGACAGUGACAGCGACAGUGACAGUGAGAAGGAGAAGAAGCCAAAGAAGAAAGGAAAGAAGGCAAAGAAGAAGUCCGAAGAUGAGGAGGAGGAACCAAUAGCGAGUACGCCGCCGGAGUCAGAGGAAUCAGCUGGAGAUGAUGAUGAUGAUGAUGAUGUAGACGACUGAAGUUAUACUACCUUCACAUUCCCUAGAGGUUUGACUAAGUAGCCUUUUUUUCCAGUUCGGUUUGUUUAGUCCCAAAGGCUUUACUUUCAAACAGAUGUACAAAAAGUUGAUGACACCAAAGGGGGAGGUUUAAAAAAAUGUAUGUCCGAAAUUGGUCCAGUAAUGUAUGAUCAUUUGACAAACCAUUGGGUAACACUCAUCAGAAAUUGUAUAGUCUGCCUAUGCUUCAGUAUUCAAGGGAAGGCUGUAAAAUAAUACAAAGUACAUGUAUGUAACAAAAUAGCUAUUUCUUUUCUUGUUUGUUUGUAAUGUCUUCAAUACACAUUCAAGUACAAUUGUUUUCAACUGCUUUGUAAAACAGCCAGGUUAAGAUAUGUUUGUUAGUAUGAGGUGAUGAAAAUAUGACACUUUGUGUCUUUAAAGUUGUUGGUGUCUGAAAUCUAUGCUUCAAUAUGUACACGAUGAUGAUGAUCGCUGACAAAAAUUAAGGACCAUACUCGUACGCUUGCCCAUAACUUUAUGUUCUGAAGAGAAAUUAAGGAAAACCUAGACAACAGAAAAGUGUACAAUGUCGUGUAUAAAGUGGUCACUUGAAAGUAUAGAGCUACUCAUAUGUUUGCUGUAACACCAUCAUAUGCUUUUAAUGACAGAAUAAAGUAAGAUUCUGUCCAAAA